CCCGGGUAUUAUGGAAAAAUCCCGGUGGCUCCGGUAUUUAUCACGUCGCUCUACUUCACACUCCAGUUUGAAUACCGACGAAUCCGACGGCACUUAAAGGCGGCACUGAGUCGCUCCGGUCACAAAACCUGCGAAACAAACAAAGUCAGGACAAACCAAGAUGUCACGUCUCGGAAAUGUAACACCAGUGAGUUUAGCUACAUUAACUCUACUGCUUUGCCUAUUUUCAGUCAGAGGUGACUACUGUAAGGUGAAUGUUUGCCAUAAUGGGGCAACAUGUGUGUCAGGAGUUGGAGAUGAUCCCUUCAUCUGCAUCUGUGCAGAUGGCUUCGCUGGAGACACCUGCAACCUGACAGAGACAGGACCCUGCGGUCCUAACCCCUGUAAGAACGAUGGGUCCUGUGAGGUCAUCUCUCCGACCAGGCGAGGAGAUGUUUUCAACGAGUACAUCUGCAAGUGCCAGCCAGGCUUCGAGGGAGUGCACUGUCAGAUCAAUGUGAAUGACUGUGUUGAUCAGCCUUGUAAGAACGGAGGGAUGUGUCGAGAUCUUGACGGAGACUACACCUGCCAGUGUCUCUCUCCGUACGUGGGAAAGCAGUGCCAGCUACGUUGCAUCUCUCUGCUGGGGAUGGAGGGAGGAGCCAUCGUGGAGUCCCAGAUUUCAUCCUCCUCAGUGCACUACGGCAUCCUGGGUCUUCAGCGGUGGGGUCCAGAGUUAGCUCGACUCAAUAACCAAGGCAUCGUCAACGCCUGGACGUCGGCUGCUCACGACAGAAACCCCUGGAUCGAGAUUAAUUUGCAGAAGAAGAUGCGUCUGACGGGACUCAUCAGUCAGGGUGCCAGCCGUAUGGGCACUGCUGAGUACAUCAAAGCCUUCAAGGUGGCGAGCAGCUUUGAUGGACAAGCUUACACCACUUACAGACUGGAUGGACAGCGUAGAGACAAGGUUUUUGUGGGAAAUAUAGACAAUGAGAGCACAAAGACAAACCUUUUUGAUCCUCCCAUCGUGGCCCAGUACAUCCGAAUCAUCCCUGUGGUUUGUCGGAAGGCUUGCACGCUCCGCAUGGAGCUGGUGGGCUGUGAACUCAACGUUUAUUCGAACACGGCAGGUUGCUCAGCCUCUCUGGGAAUGAAGUCUCGCCUCAUCUCAGACGGGCAGCUCACAGCCUCCAGCUCCUACCGCACGUGGGGAAUCGACACCUUCACGUGGCACCCUCAGUUUGCCCGGCUGGAUAAGACGGGAAAGACAAACGCCUGGUCUCCUGCGCACAGCAACCGAUCAGAGUGGUUACAGAUUGAUCUGGAGAAGGCGAAGCGGCUCACAGGCAUCAUCACUCAGGGGGCCAAAGACUUCGGCGUGGUGCAGUUUGUGUCCGUGUUUAAAGUUGCUUACAGUAACGAUGGAGAGUCCUGGAGUAUAGUAAAGGAGGCUGACACUGGAAAUGAUAAGCUUUUCCAAGGAAACAUCGAUAACAACACCCAUAAGAAGAAUCUAUUUGAGCCUCCAUUUUACGCUCGCUAUGUCAGAGUCAUGCCCUGGGAAUGGCAUGAACGCAUCACUUUACGUAUGGAGCUGCUGGGCUGUGAUGACUAGAAACUCAUCAAUCAACCAUCCAACUGUGCUCCAUCCUUGCCUGCCAUGUCUUCAAACCACAGCAGAGGAGCAGACAUUGAAGAGGAUUGUCUGUUCUGACCUUUGGUUUGAUUCUCGGUUGGCUGCUGGGACUGUUAACACUUUUAGCACUUUUUUGACUCGUGACUUUUUAUGAUGAUGUUAAUAGAAUUGUUUAAGUAAUCAGAUGAUUUGAACUUUAAUGGCCUCAGACAUAAACAGACUUUACGUGAGUAGAUAUAAUUCUAGUCCAUACUUGAUUUCGGGUUCUGUAACAUCUGGUGACCUGAUACUUGCAGGUUUUUAAAUUCUCCUGUCCUUCUCUUUCAGUCUCACAGCAGUUAACACCUUUACUUUUUAAUGUUUUUUAUAGUCCAAUCAGGACAGCUGACAAACAUACUAAACAUGUUACUUGACAUGUUUUUAACUGCUUGCAAAAAUAUAUAGUAUAUUUCGGAAUGUUUGAUUAUUGUGGAAGAGUCAAAUGAUGUCAGAGAACAGAGAACUUUAAACUUUAACAUUAAAGCUGCUGUAGACUGUAGGGAUGUUGGCAAGAAUUGUGUUUCUCUACUAAAGUAAAGCAGGGAUCAUUCUUAAAUAUAAUUUCAUCCUUUUUGCAACAAAUGUGAAUAGACAUAUCUGUAGAAAAAGAAACAUUGUUUUUUAUUCAUUGUUGGUCUUACACUAAGAUCUUUUAUUAAAUGUUAAAAUAAA